AGUCUUGGCGCGGGUGACAACUUCUCCAUCGUUGUCUCGUCGCAGUCGUGCCUCGCCUACACGUACGGACAGGCGACGCUGGGCGACCACACGACUUGUGGCUCGACGACCGCGCCGCAGCUCCUACUGGCCUCCAUCUUUGCCUCGGCCCACGAAAAGCCCGCGAUCGCAUCGCUGAGCUGCGGACAGCACCAUGUGGCGGUCAUUACGCGCGCCGGCUUGCUCUUCACGUGGGGCAGUGGCCGGUUCGGACAGCUCGGGCACCAGGCCUACACAGACGUUCUGACGCCACGACAGGUCGAGUUCACGGGCCUCGUCACCAAGACCGGCGACGACGCGAGCAAAGUGGUUGUCAAGUCGGUCGCGUGCGGUGGCCAGCACACCCUUGUUAUCACUGACCUCCAGCAAGUACUGGCAUUCGGACACAACAAGGCCGGGCAGCUGGGGCUCGGGCACCGCAACUGCCGCACAGAGUCGGGCUGGCGCAGUUGCGCGCCAAGCGUCAUCUCGACGCUGACGAUGCACUCGGUGCACCAAGUGGCCGCGGGGCUGCACCACAGCGCGCGACCUCUACACGUGGGCUGCGGCGUCGACGGUCGCCUCGGCAUCAACUCGAGCACGACGCGGGACUCGCCCGUUAUCGUUCACGCUCUCAAGACACUGGAUGUCGUGCCCAAGAUUGUGCGGUGCGGUGGACGCCACACCUGUAUCGUUACCGCCACGGACGAGCUGUACACGUGGGGCGCCAACGACUUUGGCCAGCUCGGCCUUGGUGACACCCGCGCCCGAAGUGCGCCGACGCAAGUGACCUUUCCGUUGAGCACCCGCGUUCUCGAUGUAAGCUUGGGCCAAUUCCACUCGGCCGCCGUCACCACAUCGGGGGAUGUCUAUACCUGGGGGUACGACGUCAACGGCGGUCUUGGCCUUCCGGACGCGCUCGACGUGCAGCCAGCACCCGUGCUACUGACCGCCUUCUCGGGCCUCGCAGCGGUCCAGGUGCAGUGCGGCUGGAGCCACACGACGGUUCUGACGAAGCGCAAGGUGCCGGGGCGCAAGACCGUCCUGACACAGCACCUCGAAGACGAAGCGUCGACCAAGAAAAGUGUCCUCGAGACGCUGCAGCACAUCGUGUCGCACCAGAUCCCGUCACGACCGCAGAGUGCACGUGUGUACCAGCCAACGCCGCGGCAGGUCGAGCCGGCGCGGACACGGCAAAGUGUCGCAUCGUUCCAGGAUCGAAUGGCACGGCCGCACUCGGCUCGCGUUGCGCCGCCACCGACCCUUUCCGAGCCUCAUCACAACGAACUACGCGCCAUGAAACCCGUCUUUUUGAAAAAGAUGAAAUGUACGAAGAAGAAAAAGGGCCGACCGGCGACGGCGCCGCCAAAACGAGCGGGUGCGAAAUCGCCGACGAAGCGCUCGGCGCUCCAGCCGCCAGUGCCGAGACCGCAGUCGGCGUGUCCUCGGCGAAGCAUCUUUGUCAAGAAAGCAACGCCGCGACUGCCGCCGCCCAUGACGCCCCGCGAGCUCCGAGACAUGACGCGCACGGUCUUACACGAGCUCGACCACCGAACGCCGUGCGACGACGACGACGACAACCAGAUUGAGACGACGAGCAAGUGGACGUUCCUCACCGCGUGCACGGUGACGACAGACGAGAAACCCAAGCGCCCAAAGCCACGGGCGCGGCCGACGCGGCCCAAGCCAGCGCCGCCGCUAGCGCUGCAGCUCGACAAGGCCAAGCUACGAUCACGCUGGCAGCGCGACGACACGAUCCAAUCAGUCCUGAAAGAGAAACAGAAGGAACACCCGCGCUUAUGGCUGCGGUAAGCCACUUUGCGAGGGCGUAAAAUGUCAAUCACGUGAGUGUGGGUGGG